CAUCUGUAGCGCUGUAUUAUUGCGACUGCAGGUACCACUUUUGUUUUGAUUAACUUUAAUGAAUGUUCAUUUAGGCAAAUAAUUUAACAACGAAUGCUUUAAGAUACACGACAGUUAAUGAAACAAAGCAGCCAUGUAUUUGGAAUCAACGAGUUUACCUCAAUAAGCCUGUCCUAAUGAACAUCAUCAUCAUUGUUUGUUCAUGGGUUCUGUUUGCGUCGCAAGUGGAAUGCAACAUCCCAAUAUUUACGCAUCCGUCUGGAGGGGACCAAACUACACCACCAUGUGCCGAGAACAUGCCUGUAUCAACAAGUGUAGAUUCAGUAACUCUAGCAGAUACUACAGGCUUCAACGUAGCCAUCCACAGUCAGACUCCUCCAUUUCCCCCAUUUCAAAUGACUUUUGCGGAUAUAAAGUGGAAUCUGAUUACGCCGGCUUCUGUUACUAUCGACCGAGAAAAAACCCAAAAUUUUACGUUUGUUUUCAUCGGUACAGACGGCAGUGCAGACCCUAGAAACACCGUUCUGAGCAUCCCGUUGACUUUGAUCAUAGAAGACGAGAACGACAACUUUCCCCAGUUUUUAAACGAUUCCUACGCACGGAUUAUUUAUGAUUCAGUGAUCCCGGAAUUCGUUUUAUUAACAAUACAAGCUUCAGACGCCGAUGCCUCUCCGAAAAUCACAUAUUCCAUUACAGCGGGAGACGACGACAACACUUAUUUUAUUGACCCAAACACAGGAAAUUUAACAGUAACCACACCUGGGAACCUUAACCCGGUCACCAUACCAUCAUAUAACCUCUCUGUUCAGGCAAAUGACAGUAGAAAUGUGAACACUACUUUUGUGACUAUACACGUUUUAGAUGACCCAUGUGUUCCAACACCGUGUGCUAAUAAAGGAACAUGCUGCAGAAACCAUACAAACUAUACGUUUACGUGUGCUGUUGGUUGGCUCGGAGAUACCUGUAACAAGAGUACAGUCGACUUAAUUUUGAACCCAUGUAUCUCUAACCCGUGCGCAAACGGCGGCACGUGUGUUGUUAUUGGGAAAUCGUUUAAGUGUAUAUGUGCUUCGGGUAUCCAAGUGCCCAACUGUAGUAUCACCGACCCAACAACAAUCUCAUCAACCAAAUCUCAAGGUGAUCCUUGCAGUUCUAAACCAUGUCAAAACGGGGGAACAUGUUCGGUUGCUGGAACUUCGUUUGAUUGCCGAUGAAGCUCUGAUUUUACGGGAAAUACGUGUUCUAUGAUCACAGCAAACACCGUCUCGCUCACAACACCACACGGAAAACAUAAUGGUAGUUCUAAGAAUUGAAUGGCGGUCUACGUCGUCGCCCUAGUAAUGAUGGUUGCAGUUGUGAUGUCUUAACUCAAAGGCAUGCCAUGUUAGUUUGCUUUAAAUUGUCUGUGUUUAUUAUGGUUUAUUUGCAAAGAUAAUUGUGAAUUCAAAUUUUACUAAUGCAUUGUUUAGCAUGAACAUAUACAAAAGCACAGCGCGGAUAGCACUUAAAAUAUUCGAAAUGUUGCGAAAAGCUCAGAACUUGAUCAUGUUAUAUAGUUCAAAGAUUACUUUAGUGAAAGGUUAGACGUCUAUAUAGAUGAUUAAUGUCGAAAUUUCAAAUGACAAAGUCACAGUGGCAUGACUAUGUUAUCCACACAAUAACUGGAUGAUUCUUCGAAUCGUAUACAUAUGGAUGAAGGGUAGGUUUUGACUAAAGUUGAACCUUAAUAUGUUAAAUAAUUAAAUACGGCCAAAUCAAAUUGAAUACUCUGCUUCAAGUAGGGGAGAGGGGUGGUGAAAUACAUCUUGUGUAAACAACUAUUGUUUUCAAAACAGUGCAAAUACUCGUUUAUGCAGCAAUCUAACUAGACUUGCUGCUUGAGCAUUCGUGUGUGCGUCUGCAUGUUUGAGUAUUCCGGGCACGAUUGAAAUAUGGUUCCGCGCAGCAACAAAUCCAAUAAUGAAAGGCUGGGCUUUUAUCACUAAAUGCUUCAUGCUAUAUUCCUACGUAACAUGGGUACCGUUAAUUUACUACCAAAUCAAGCAAGUUAGAUAAAAGUUGUCGACUUAUACGUAUUUUUGUAUUCAUCAUGAAAAUAGAAAUAUAUCCAUCUCAUUAGCAAGGGUAAUUUGAUUAACGUGCCACGUUGUGUGUGUGUUUACAUAAGUAUGCCGUUUAAUGAUUGUUGUCAUAAACAAAAUUAAGAGGUUGAUGAAUAGAUUCAAAUUUUUUAUUCUGUAAUUACAGCAAACCACAUGUGUACGCUAAUACAUUCUUGAAAUGACAAUGUUGUCCCCUUUAUUUAACUUCAUAUUUGUCUGAAUAUAACAGUUGAGUGACGUGUUGUUUGUGCCUUCUGUAAUUAUCUAUGCUUUUAUAAACUUUCAACUGUAUAUGUAUGGUGUGGAGAUCUUUUGACAAGUGUUUGCAAAGCAUGCUCGGGUUCGUGUUGUGUGUGUAAAAUGUACGCCCUGUUGUGUUUGUCUGCAAUUCGUUUGCUUGCUUAACUGGUAAAUGUUGCCCAAUACCUCAUACUAAGUGAUUUUAUUAAUAGCAUAAUGUACAUAUAACAGAUUAAUAAGUUAACACUAAUUUGAUUCGGGACUGAAAAAUAAUCUGCCUAUAUAAGAUGUAAUUAAAAUACCCCGCGUGAUACGACUAUGUGCCUUAGUACAUAGCCUCAAGAAAUGGCUCUACAACCCUAUACUUUGAAAAUAAAUCAAAUUUUCAACUAAUUAGACCAUAAUACCUUGAGUAACUUAAUCAGUCAGGUAGUGAAGCGUCUUUCCAGACUUUGAACGCACGGGUUGGUCUGGAGUUACGAAAGUCGCAUAUUGUAAAUUGCACAUUUUAGCAUUACGCGGCUAAAAUGGAAAUGCAUGUAUACUCUACAUAUAUCUCAUUGUCAACCAUUUUCUACAAUGCUUGCAAGCUUAUUGGUAAAUAAAGUUGUUUAACAGAUCAACAGAUAUUUAGAAAAAAACUACACAUUUCUUAACGGUAUGUAUGCUUUAAGUGCGAUACAAUGCAAUCUACUAUUGCUAAAUCCCAUAUACAUGCAUGCGUUUGUAUUUGUUUCAUACCCUGUGUGUAUACACAAAGCAUUUACGUUUACACUUGUACUAGAAUAUAAAUCAGAAUUAGUGUUUGCAAAUUAUAUUAAUUUAUUUAUAAAUGCGAUGUGCUAAUUUCUUUUACAAAAAGACACACGGAUAAUAACUUCAUUUCUUUUCUUAUACUGUGUUUGGAGUUUUUGUUUUAUAAAUAAAAGUUAUUGAAAGGUACGUGUUUGUGUCCUAGUUAUCUCUUUGGACACUAAAGCUGCUUCAUUGUAAAAAAUACCCAGUGCAGCUGUAAAAAUACAGAAAUAUGUGCAAGUUAACAAUUACAAUUGCAUUGAAAUAUAUAUUUAAUUAAUA